AAUGUCGGAAACCUCACAUCCAUCUCGCGAUCCAAAAAAUCUCAGCGAACCAUUCGCAGUCAUCGAAUUUCUCGAGAAAAACGAAAAAGGGCUACCAUGCAUUGAUUUGGUGCCGAAAAAAUGGUUUAAUAGUGCAGAAGAAGACACCUGUAAAUUCCCACCGACAACUGAAUAUCAUCUACUUGACGACUACUUGGAAAAAUUGCACUCGCCCAAGGACUCUUGGCAAAGUUAUCCAUUUUGCUUCAUCACCGGAGCAGCUGAUUUGGAUCAGGGUCGCAGAAGAUUAAAAAAGGCCCAAGUAACUCUCAACUGUGAGACAACCGAUGGUGAAAAUGAUCGAAAGGGGGGGAGGUCCGAAACUUCCUCGAAAGCAAAAAUUUCAGCAAAACCCUUAACUGCAUCAAAGUCUCAACUAAACAACAUCUUUAGUACUAAAAUCCCGAUUCCACCUAGAAAUCAAACUCCAAAGUCUGGUAUACAAGCAAAACCAAAGACAAGAUUUCAAAGCAUUUACCAGAGUGGAUCUGACUCUGAAGACGAAAAUCAUGAUUGUCUUAUAGCUAAUCCUGAGGAGAUUCGAGCCUCAAAGGCUCAAAAUAAUUCUGGCUUUUUGCAAAUGUCGAGUAAAUCGCGAUCUGUACCAACAGGUGCAUGUUUAUCAUUUAAACAGCGGUCAAGGAAGAAUAUUACUUUGCUUAAAGACGUCGAAACUGAUGAAUCUGAGAGCAAUGAUUCCUCCGAUGGAAUUCUGCAGUCACCUACAAAAUCGAUGGACUCAGCGAGAAAUACAAGAAAAGAACUUCAUUUGACACCUCCUUCACCACUAGUCCAUAACGCUUCAGGUAACCGAAAAAGGCGUGCAUCGUCUACUACACGCGCUGAAGACGGAUUGAAUUCGAUUGUGAGCCCAGGAACUCCAAAAACUUCACGAUCAAUGAUGGUACCCCCUGCUAAGAUGCCAAAAAUGCUGGGACCACAAAACCAGUUGUCAUCUAGUCAUUAUGCUGAUAAUGAACGUCGAAUCCUGAACUCCCUUCGAGAUUACUUUGAUCAGCAAUUAGAUGAAAAGCUCGAAAAUUUAAGACGCAGGAUGGCUUACGAUUUAAAGCAGUCUAUGAAUGAGCUCAAGACCACAAUCAUUGGCACUAAUCUAGCCCCAGCUUCUGGUCCUAGCUUGCUUGAAAUACAGAAGCAGAUGUCUACGCCACUACCAUUUGAAAUGGAUGAUAAGUUCCAGGAAUACGAAGCGAUAUUGACAACGGACCCAAAUCUCGUAGAAACACUGCGAUUAUUCAUGAGAGUUUUGAUAAGCAAUAAAAAAGAGAUGAAAAUAUGUGUUUCCACUAUCCUAUCUGCGGUUCUGAGGAAGACAGUGUCACUGCACUAUUCUGGUUACGGAAAAGAAGCUGGCGGAAAGAAAAAGAAAACAUUUUUAUAACACUACAGUAUGCAAAGUACUGAUUGAUGUGAUAAUUGAGGUAAUAGGAUCCAGCACUGAUGAGAAGAAGAUAAUGUCAGAAGUAAGUACUUGGUUGUCACGUUCUGGCGAUCGAGAGGGUGGGCGUAAGGAACGACAACGCGGGUCAAGUCAUCAUAACGAGAAUAAUUCAGUUUGUUCCUUUGAUACCAAUCGAUAAUACUUCAUUUUUCCGGGAUAAAUGGAAUUGUAAAAUCACUGUGUUAAUAUGACUCCAUUAGUUCAUUUUCGUAAUUGUAUUAGUUGUGAUAUUCUUGAUAAAAGGUACGAUUAAUAGGAAAAGUUUAUAUUAUCAAUAUAUUUUUAUCGCGAG